AUGUUUGAAUCUGCAAGAAGUAUUAUGAGUUGGCUUGGUGAUUGUGCAAAGGUUAUAGCAGUGAAAAACAAUCCAGUACAAUGGACAACUCGUCUUGGACUUCCUGUUGUUCAACCAUACCGCAAAUUAGGAAGACAUCUUAUUAAGACAUCGCUUCAAGUUUUGACACUACAACGAGAAACCGAUAAGGUGAUGGUGAAAAGAAUAAAAACAACCUUUCCUCCUAACUUUGUCCACUCUCUUGAUAGGUCCCAUAUGAUGAUGAUAGCCAUUGCUUGUAAAGAGGCUGGCUUAAGUUUUGCAGCCAUGAAAAACCCUAAUUCUACUCUCCUUAGAAGUAAAUGGAGUUCUAUUCCAAUACCCCAUAGAACUAUCCUUGAACCUAAAGGUCAAGAUCUUGAUUACAUCAACAUAGCUCACAGUCAUCUUCUUCACUCUGAUUCGGCUUAG